CUUCACAGCUCAAGUCUCUCUUGAGCCCUCCGGCGUGGACGUCAGCAUGUCGUCGGGGAAGCCUGGAGGUUGUCGGGGGGUCAGCGGUGUGUCUGGAUGGACACUUCUGUUCCUCACUCUAACCUACACGGCAGCGGAGGACUUCAAGCGCGUGUUCAGUCGCAGCGGGGACGCGGUGAUGCUGGACGUGAACAUGUCUGCGGUUGACGACCUGAGGUGGAAGCACGCUGGGAAGCUCCUGGCCAGCCACAACAAGACGAAAGAUGAGCACUUCCAGCUCUUCCCUAACGGCUCCCUGCUGCUGCUCUCAGGGAGGAGCACCGACAGUGGGAACUACACUGUGGAUGUGUACGAUAAGAGUGGAAGGAAAAUCCUAACCAUGACCUACAGACUCCUCAUUCUAGAUGUCCCUGAGGUGCGUGCUCGCUGUGCUCUGGACGGCAGUCUGGUUUUGACCUGCUCUGUCCAAUCAGAAGACAAAGUUAUGAUAAGGUGGGUUGGACCCGAUGUUACAGCCAAUCAGAUGAUGACACUGGGAUUGGAGCUGACCCUGUACCUGCCCAGCAUGAAGGAGAACAUCUCCUGUGAGGUGGACAGCAAACUGAGACUAGCACACAGCCAGCCCCCUCUGCUGGACUGCAGAGGUCGUGUCCCAACAGUAGUGGUGGUGGUGGUGUUCACCCUGAGUGUUCUGACCCUGGCCCUGCUACAGCUGAGGACCACCUGCAGCAGGACUCAACUCACUGCGGGGGAGGACAGUGUGUACGUAGAGAUGCACGCCGACCGGAAACCCACCCAGACGACCAGCGUCUGCUCAGCUGUAGAGUCCAGCUACACCCCGAUGCAGAGUAACAUAGGAGUCCCUCCGCAGGAAGGCACAGCGAACACCUAUGUCUACGAGUCCUGUGGAUCAGGUGCUGCUGCACAUGAGGGCCUGGCCAGAACACGGAGAACAUCUACUGGAGAACAGGAGAACAUCUACUGCUGACUGAAUGGAACACAGAGAACUUCUACUGGUGAAUGUCUACUGGAGAAAAUAUAUUGGAGAAGGUCUAUUGGAGAAAGUCAAUGAGAGAACAUGGAUGAAAGAUUCCUGCACAGGUCUUGUUUUGUAAACCCACACCCACAUAUUCUUACUUGUUGCAUGCAGCCAAGCCUAAAACAGUGUUGUUUGCAGUAGACUGAUCUAUAAUUCGAUUUUCUAUAGUUAGCCUAAUCAAAAAUGUUCAAAUAGACACCAGACUUGAUUUUAGAAAACAUGUUUUUUCGGUAACUUUGAAAUCUCCAGCCAUUUUGCUUCUUAACUUUUCAACAUUAAUGUACUUCAAUAUGUGUUAAUUGGAAGUAGAUGUUGUUUUUAAUGUGAACGUUGACUGAAGAAGGAACAGCAUCUAGGGACUGUAGGACGUUGGUAUCCAUGUCCACCAAUAGGGGGCAGCAUUGGUGUGUGAUUGACAGGGAGAGUGUUCCCAACGGCCACAGGUGUAUGGAUCAGUUUGGUAACAACACACUUGUCAGGAAUAAAUAACUGAAGCAUUACAAAAAAAAUCAAAAAUAAAUAA